CUUAUCUCCUAUUGGUUGUUUUCGUUCCUUUAUGUAUUUGGGUUGUUUGUUUCCGGGUCAUCAACAUGGCUGCUUUCGGUGCGAACAUGUGAGUGUGUGGAUGGAGGAGAUCAGGAGAUAUUCAUAGAUCAGGUUUGAGAAAAUAUUUGUAUUGAAGCACCAUGGCGUCAGCAGAGGCGGAUUUCCCUCGUGGUGGCCCAGCCAAGAAAACCUCUGAGAAACCUCUGAAGCCUCGUGUGGAAGUGGACAAUCUUUUUGAGACUCGUGAACCCGUAGUGAAAAAGAAGAAGAAAUCUCAGAGCAAGCAUGAAGAUGAAAAGGCGGCCAAGAGGCAAAAAACCGAAGGUGCUCUGAAGCUAAACACGGCGAACAACGUGGAUAUUCUCCAUAUGAAGAAUCUGAAGGUGGGCACCAUGAUGCUCGGCUGUGUAAGGGAGCUCUUGAACUUUGAGGUUGUACUCGGUCUCCCUAAUGGUCUUAAAGGCUACAUGCCCGUCUCUAGUGUCUGUGAGGCCUACACAAAGAUCUUGAGCCAUGCACUGGACUCUGGGACCGAUCUUGAGGAAUUUGUGUCUCCCUCCAACCUCCUCACCCCAGGCCAGUUGGUCAGAUGUGUGGUUUCAUCCCUGGAAUUGUCCAAAGAGGGUUUUAUCAGUCUUAAAUUGUCUAUCAACCCGAAAGAGGUGAACAAGGAGCUCAACUCCAGCUCUCUGAAAGCAGGCAUGACUCUCAGUGGUUGUGUGGAGAGCAUCGAGGAUCACGGUUACCUGAUCGACAUUGGAGUGAGUGGAACCAAAGCUUUCCUGCCCAAAGAGAAAGCAAACGAUAAAACCGAGGCAACUAAAAGAGAUCUGAUAGUAGGGCAGUACAUGAUGGUCUUACUGGAGGAGGUGAAGAAUGAGGGACGGGUGGUGCGUCUUUCUAUAAACCCUACGGCGGUUAAUCAGGCCUGCGCAGAGACGCAGCACGGUUGGACACUGAGUAACCUUUUACCCGGGUUAUUGGUCCAAACCUGCAUCAAGAAGGUCACAGCUCAUGGCCUGAUAGUAACAUUUCUCUCAUCGUAUACCGGACUGGUGGACUUCAUGCACAUCGACCCCGAGAAAUUGUCCACUUACAGUGUAGGGGACGAGGUGAAAGCUCGUAUUCUCUAUGUGGACCCGUCCUCUCGUCUGGUGGGUCUGUCUCUGCGCAGCCACCUCCUACCACCAGGGGGCAUCAUAUUUGACAAUGUAAUGAGUGAGCGAAUAGGUGAGGUGCUGCAUGGUUGCAAGAUGACUGCCGUACACCACCACUCAGGAGCCGUGAUGGAGCUGCCAGAUGGGACCACUGCCUUCGUGCACAAAAGCCAUUUGAAAGAAUCCAAAGAGGUGUUUAACCCAAACCGACUCCUCGCUCAGCCUGAACACACACUGAGGAUAACAGACUACAGCCCAAUGGAGCAGAUCCACAUGGCUACGCUGCGCAAGGCAAUCAUCGAAUCGCCCUUCUACAGCUAUCAAGAUAUUAAACCAGGGCAGAUGGUCGAGGGCACGGUGCAGAGCCUGGAGAAGUACGGCUUGAUUAUCAAAAUCUCAGACCACAUUAAGGGCCUCGUUCCCAGAAUUCACCUGGCGGAUAUAAUCCUCAACAACCCUGAAAAAAAAUACAAGGACGGCAUGAGGCUCAAAUGUAAAGUCUUAUCAGUGGACUACCAAAAUAAGAAGAUCACAAUGAGCAGGAAAAAGGCUCUGAUGGAGACGACACUCCCACUUAUCCUGUCCUAUGCGGAUGCCCGUGUAGGUCUCGUAUCCCACGGCUUUAUCGUCUGCAUCAAGGAUUUUGGCUGCAUCGUAAAAUUCUAUGGUGAAGUUAAGGGCCUGGUGCCGAUGUCUGAGCUGACGUCAGAGCCCUUUGACAACCCGUGUAGUCUCUUUUACAUAGGACAGGUGGUGAAAGCGAAAGUGCUUAAAUGUGAUGUUAAAAAUGAGAAGCUGCUCCUGUCCUUUAAAGCAGUGAGUCAGAGGGACAUCGAGAAGGGCCAACACGUCAAAUUCGACUUUAAAAUCGGAAAGAAAGUGGAAGUGAUUGUACGCAAGAAAAGCGAGACUGCUGUUGAAGUGUCUAUUCUCCCAGAAGACAUACCUGCUCUGCUUCCCACGGCGCAACUUUCUGACCAUGUGUCCAACUGCCCUCUGCUGUUGGCGGGUCUACAGGAAGGAGACACCAUCUCCAAUGUUGUGUGUCUGAACCAAAACAAGGAAAUCAUCAUUCUCAGUAAGAAGCCCCUACUGAUUGCGGCUCUCGAGGCUGAAAACCUGGUUAAGUCUUUCUCUGAGCUGCAGGUGGGGAUGGUGAUGGUGGGCUGGGUGAAGAACAUCAUGCCUUAUGGCGUCUUUGUCAGCUUCCCCCACGGCCUGUUUGGCCUUGCACCUAAAGCUGUUAUGACUGACAAGUUCAUCACUGACACUGCAGGAGUGUUUGAGGUAGGACAGACCGUGCUGGCCAAAGUGACCAACUUGGGAGAGAAGCACCGGUUCUUGAUCAGUCUGAAGGUAUCGGAUGUGAGUUUGGCAGAAUCCAGCGCUCAGGCCAGAAUGAUCCAGGGUCAGCGUGAAAGAUUAGCUGUCUACGACGCAAUGAGCUCGAGAGUUGACUCAGACUUGCUGCAGCAGCUCUCCUCCGUGUCACUGGGAGAUAAACUCAAGAUGACCGUCGACGUGACCAGAGAAGACGGCUCUGUCGUCCUGACCUCUGAUCAGCUCAGCCAUGCCACAGUGCUGGCCUCAAAGUACCACGUAACAGAUGUGAACACAGCACCAGGCAAUCAGGUCACUGCUGUGGUGCUUCACGUUGAUUUUUUGACCUCUGAAGUGCACGUGUCCCUUCUGCCGACGCUCACAGCAAAGAAGAAAAAAUUAACUAAAGGCUCCCAGUAUUCCGACGUCCAGUACGUGGACAAAGACUUUGCCGUGAUCUCAUUGGGCGCCACCGGUCACCUGACCGUCAUUUCCACAUGCAAUCACCUAAACGGAACGUUCCAUUUCGAAUCAGAAAAGCUGUCUGUGGGUCGUAAAGUGACCGUGACUGUAAUUGAACCCAGCAGCGAAGAUUUGGGUAGACAAGCUCUCGUAGACUAUCAGCUAUCAGCUCCUGUAAAAUGCAACCAAACCACGUUUCAGAAUAGAGAUGAAGAUAAUAAAUAUAAGAUCGGGGCCUUUGUGACAGCGACGGUUAAAACCAUUAAACCUCUGUGCGUACUCAUGACUUUGCCGGAUGGAGUCACGGGAAGCGUGCACGUUUCUCAGGUCCAGGAGUCGCCCAAAAUAGGAGGAUUCCCCACGUCGUCUCUUAAGGUCGGCACUGAAGUUAAGGCAAGGGUCUUCGGCGGUCGUGAGAUCAAGAGUCAUAGGUUUCUCCCCAUCACACAUCCCAACCUCGUCUUCUCUAUGCCUGAGCUCACUCUCCUCCCCAGUAAACUGGACAACAGUGUGGACGUCACCUCGCUGGUGAACACGUCUAAAUGGGAGAGCUAUAAACCUGGACAGGAGAUCACGUGCUAUGUAUCUAAAUACAUUCCAAAGACAAAGUGUCUUCAUGUUGAAGUGUCCCCGAAAGUCUUUGGACUGGUGGAGUUGCUGGCAAUGACCACUAAACCUAGAGAGGCAAAUCACCCACAAAAGCUCUUCAAACAUGGCCAGUGUGUCUCCGCGAAGGUCGUCCAGGUCGUCCCCAAAAAGCUUUCCCAUCUCAGACUUUCCCUUAUAGGGACGCACACUCUCGAGAAUGGGGUCGUUACCAUGGGCAUGGUGUGGAAAAUCAACCCCCAGAAGGGCUUGUUUCUGAAUCUGCCGUUCGGGAAUUCCGGCACGGCGUGCAUAACCGAUUUAUCAGACGAUUACGAAAACGCUCCGCUUGAGCAAUACAAAGAAGGCCAGAUGGUCAGGUGCUGUAUCAUUGGUGAAGAACAUGGAAAGUUCCAAGUGUCUUUGCGUCUGUCCAGGAUCCACUCUGGGAAAUUCUUGAAAGUCAAAGAUGUGGACAUCAGCGCUGCCUCUGAGCUCCAGGAGGGACAGAUCAUUCAGGGUUAUAUUAAGAACGUUGGAGAAAUGGGCAUAUUCAUCAGGUUAUCCAGAUCAGUCACAGGAAGAGUCAAGUUCCAACACGCUACAAACUACUUUGCUAUCGAUCCUGAAUUGUUCCCCAAACACGUCUCUCCGAAUGCACUGCUGACAACCAAAGUUCUUAGCAUUGACGCAAAGACCGGCCAUGUGGAGCUCUCUUUGCUCCCCGAGGACACCGGAAAAGCAGACAUUCUCCCAGAAUCCCUUGGGCUUCCACUGCGCCUCAAGGGAAAGGCAAAGGAGAAGCACGACAAAAAAAAUGCUACGAAGAAGCGCAAGAUGUCUGAGAGCCAGCAGAAUGAAGCUGGGCUAAAGAAGAAAUUAAAGAAAGAAGAAAAGGCUGCAGAGUUACCGAAGAAGAAAAAAGUUGCGAAGGAACCACAAGCUGAAGAUCAGGAUAGUGGAGUCGAGGUGUAUUUCAGAGAAAAAGACAAGAACAAAACAAAGAAAGAGGGUAAAAGUAAAGCUGCAGCCCCAGAAGAACCAGGCAGGCUACAGGUAGCAUCUGAUUUCUCCUGGGACAUAGGGCUGAGCUCUCUCAAACCUGCAUCUUCUGCCCAAAAUGCAUACGAGUCCAGCGACGAAGAGCAGGACGAUCACAGCAAGACACAGAAAAAGUCUCGGCGGGAGGCGGAGCUGGAACGUAAGGAGGCGGAGCUGAAGCUCAGCAAGCUGGAGGCGGAGCUCAUGGAGCCCUCGGCCCGACCGGAGAGCGCGGAGGCGUUUGAGCGGCUGCUGCUCUCGUCACCAGACUCGUCUCUGCUCUGGCUGCAGUACAUGGCAUUCCAGCUGCAGGCCACCCAGAUCGAGCAGGCUCGUGCUGUCGCCGAGAGAGCCCUCAAAACCAUCUCCUUCAGGGAGGAGCAGGAGAAGCUGAAUGUGUGGGUAGCUCUGCUCAACCUGGAGAACAUGUACGGUACUGAAGAGAGUCUUCAGAAAGUGUUUGAGCGAGCCAUUCAGUACUGCGAGCCAAUGCCUGUUUACCAGCAGCUGGCAGAUAUUUACGCCAAGUCCAACAAGCUCAAGGAAGCAGAGAACUUGUAUAAGAACAUGGUGAAGCGUUUUAGGCAGGAGAAGGCCGUGUGGCAAAGUUACGGAUCCUUCUUGCUGCGUCAGGGCCAGAGCGACGCCGCCAAUGCUCUCCUCCAGAGGGCACUGCAGAGUCUGUCCAAUAAAGAGCAUGUGGACUUGAUCAUCAGAUUUGCUCGGCUGGAGUUCCAGUACGGGAACGAAGAGCGAGCCAAGGCUAUGUUCGAAAAAGUCCUGAGCAGCUAUCCAAAACGUACUGACCUGUGGUCUGUUUUUCUAGACCUGAUGAUGAAGCAUGGCUCGCAGAAAGAUGUCCGGGCCCUAUUUGAUCGUGUGGUCCACCUGAGUGUGUCUGUAAAGAAGGUCAAGUUCUUCUUCAAGCGCUACCUUGACUACGAGAAGAAGCACGGCACACCCGAGAGCAUCCAAACAGUGAAGCAAAAAGCUCAAGAGUACGUGGAGUCAAAAGGAGCCGACGCUGCAAACUAGAACAGUCAGUCAUUUUGGAACUGUUCAUCCCAGGAACCAAUAAACAUGAUGACAAUAAUCCUGAUCGAGUGCAUCUGGAAGGACGGAAUGUCUCUUCAUUAUGCUUUUAUGUCUGGUUCCAUGUAAAAUUGCAUCUGCUUGUCUGGAUUGUUUUGUGGAAUCGAAUUGAUGACUUAAUAGGAUUGAUAUACAUCAGCCUUUCAACCAGAAGAAAACAAAAGCAGAUGAUUUAAAGGCUGGCCAGAAUUAUGAUUUUUUUUAAAUAAAUGGAACAGAAAAAUGGAA